GGGCCAAGCGACCAGUUGGAACCUGGCGACAAACUUGGCGAUCAUUGCCGUCCAGCAAAGGGCGCAAAAUACUUGAACUGGAAGCAGCCGGAAUGUCGAAGAACAAAGAAGAGCUGCAUCCAAUGCAUAAGGAAUGCGAUCAGUUGCCCUAGUGACUCACGUUUUGUUGCUGCAAGAAAAACCAGUCCUUGCGCAUGUAGCUGAAACGGAACCACCACCUGCCGGCCUCAACUGCGGCCACUGCGGCACUGCAGCGAAUGACAGGCGCCAUGCGUGCCUAGUAGCUAGGCAAUUGGCUGAAGUGGGCGGCGGGAGAGGGGACGGCCGGACGGGAUGGAGGAUGCCUUGGGAGACAUGGUGUGACGACCCCAGUAAAUACCUAGGUUCCCGGUGUCGUGGUUCGCCAGCCCUCUGGCGACCGCCCCCCCAAGAAAACUGCGAGGCGCAAUUACAGUUGCGACGCGGAGCAGCGCGUAACCUCCACUUACAAAGCGGCAAAGCACGGGCCACACUCUGGCGCUGCACAGUAAUUAUAAGAAAAGAAAAGCUGCCUUACCGGAGUGCCAAGCAGGGAGGGCCCCCUGCUCACCCAACCCAAUGAGCAAACCUCCGAGUCUCUGGCCGGUGUGGUGAGAUUUUGGUGUGCAGGGUUCCUCGGCGUGAGUUGCCUAGAAGUGACUCGAAAGCGCAGCAUCCAAGAGGCCAACCAGCAGCCGCAGCCGCAGUACUGGUACCUCGACAAGUUGACACACCUUCUUUCUCAUGGCUCCAGGCCUCCCUCAAGUCUGUCCCUCCAUUCCAUUCCACUUGACUGACCUAGGAGGCUAGGACUUCUCUGGAGGCAGCCAUGGCGCAGCCAGUCUCCAGGCCCAGAUGAAUAAAUAGAUAUAAGGUACGGCCAGGGCCGGCUUUUUCCUC